UGGGUUUUAGCUUUAUAAUGUAAAUGACAUUUUUUGCCCUUGUGAGCACUUUGUGUGUAAAUGAUGACAGUAAUCAUCCCAGUGAUUCAAAUCUGAUGAUGGCAUAUAGGCCACCUCGUGAACUUAGAGGCAGAAUUGAAAAUAUCAGAAAAAAAUUUGAAGGUGGAACUGAAAUUUCUCUGCCUCCGGCGAAACCUCUUAGUCGGCCUGAUAUCUGCGCCAAGAAACAGCAGAAAACUGCUGGGAAAGAAGCAAUUUCAAAUCUGCACAUAAAAGACGGCGCAUCACGUGAGUGGGUUGCGUCUCCUCAAGGUGGUGGAAAAAAUAGAGAGAAGUGGGAUCAUAGUAAUUCGUCCACGAAAUCACACAUCAGACGAACGCCAGCUUUUCGUUGUGACAAGAAUAUAGUAGCAAAAGACUUCUCAGGUGGCAGUGGUAAGGUAGACAAUGCUUUAUUCAAUACAAAAGUUAAAAUAUUCGAAGCAGACCAGAAAGAAAACUUAAAUACAAACAAAUCAAAGGAAAUAUCAGUUCAUACUAGAAAUACAUGUUUUAACCCACCAAGAAAUACUUUUCGUAGUAGGGCUAAUGCUGUACAAUGUGUUAUUAAAACAAUAGCAGAACUGGAGAACAAAAAGAAUGGAGACGUCCUACUGCCAACUUCUAAUGGUAGGGAUCCAGUGAAGCAGAGUUCAUCACAUGGUGUUAAAAAUCAGCAGAGAGAUCAAAAAGGUGGGACUGUGUCUGUAGCAGAGCUUAAAAGACAUGACCUUGAUGACCGCAUAAAGCAGCAAAAGGUAAACACAUACACACCAAAGCCCAAGCCAAAAUCAAUUGAUAUACAGUCAAAUUGUAAUUUACAGGGUAUCAGUAACACUAAGAACACUAUUGAGCCUGUAUUUAGCCAAUAUGAAUGUGAUGAAGUUACAAAGCAGGUUGGUGAUACUGCAAGCGAGAGUAGCUGCAAGAAAGUGGAAGAGAAUACUGUUAAUAACAAAUGUUUUAAAGGUGGUGUUCACAAAAGAAAUGUGUCAGACUUGAGCAAUAAUUGUGCGCUUGAAUUAACAGACAGUUUGAGAGUCGCCUUGAAAUCACCACUUCCCCAAGGCCCUCCUCCAAAGAAGCCACCAAGAACUUUUGCUCAUUCUCCAGCAACAAAAAGUAAAGUUCAGGAGAAAGUCAUUCAGUUUAGUGCAACGAAGGAAAACAAUGCAUCUCGACCAGUCCCAAGCAAGCCACAGCGUUCUAGGACUGAGCCCCUUCUGAUGCUGAAGAAAUUAGAAGAUGCCCUUAUAACACACCAGCAGAAAGGUAUUGCUGUAAUUACCCCACGUGUGCCAUCAGCCAAUAGUACAGAUCAGGAUAGAGGGACCUCAGGUAGCCGUGCAUCUGUCGCCCAAUCACCAGCUGUCGUCCAGCCGCCACCAGUUGUGGCAGAGACAUCAUCUGUGCUAAGCAACUGUCUCAGUUCCCUAAAUUGUGCAACAAACACCAAUCUCUUGUACUGUCAGACUCACUUCUAUGAGAAACCAGCUGAAAGACUGAGCAAAUUCUUUGUUGAUGUUGCUACAAACCGAAGAAAAUUGGACAGUGAACCUGGGCUGUAUGGUACAAUUCAGAAGUCAUACAGUGAGGAGCAUAUUUAUGCAGAACCAUUUUCAUGUACUGAAGAUCAGACCAGGAAUGUUCAACAGGUUCAGAUGGACAAAUGUGCAACCCUUGGAAGGAAGCAGGCAAAACCAGUUAAAACCUUGUCAGCUUCUGCAGAACAUCUGAAUUCUAGUGACUCCCCAGCUUCCCAUGACACUCUACAUUACAUGUGUACACCUAUUGCCACAGAUGUGCCACCUCCAGCAGUAUUUGAAGCCAUUAACAAAGACUUGCUGUCCCAGACCAUUAAGACUGGUGCUGGAUCACUAUCAAAACGGAACCGUGUCCUUAUUGAAGAGCAUAACACUGAAGAACUUCUUGUUAAAUUGGAGGAUACAGAGAGGGAUACAGUAGUGGGGAAAGGAGAAACUGGUACUUUCAGCCGAAAGCAACCCCUGCUUCGCCUAGCAACUAUUGUCAGAAACACUGCUAGUCCGACGCCUGCCAGCGUCAGCAACAUCCUACGGCCACCUGACAGAUUUAAGAUACAACUAGUUAUGAACCAGGCCUUUGGUUCUCCACUGCAAGGAGUUCCAACAACACCUGUUGAAGAUGAUGAUGGUGACCUAUUUGAAAAAGAGAUGCCAUCCCUUGGCACAGUAAGCAGCAGCUCUGCUGAUAAUAAUGAUGAGAAAGGAGAACAUAGAUUAAAAAUUCCAACAGAAGAUCCUGAAGAAACCCCAUUGCCAAAUACGGAUUUAUCAAGACUGACAGAGGAACGAAAAGUAUAUGUGCGGCGAGUAUCAAGUCAUGUGUCACAAUUGACUCGGAGAGCUGCAAAUCGCUACAGAGACAGUCACUACACACAUCUCUUUGACUGUGCUCUGCUUAUUGGUCUCAACCUUGAUUGUGAGAAGAGAGUAAAGGUUCCUUAUAUCAAGUCCAAAUAUCCCCCUCAGGUUGAAGUACCACCUAUGCUGGAGCAUUUAUGUUUCCCUGAUGCUCUUGAGUGGCCCCCAGCACCAGCCUCUCAGAAUGAGGAUCAGAUGUACUCUUUGGUUAUUACAGCAGAGGAUGGAUCAAGAACAUUUGGCUACUGUCGACGUGUCAUGCCAGAGGGAGCACCAAUCUGUCUUCCACUUGCAUACUGCCUCCUCAGCACACACAGAGCACGUGGCUUCUUCUCUAAGGUGUUGCAGGAACUUGAGUCUCGUCAUGGCCAGCCAGAAUGGCUCCAAACGGCUUUUAUAAAGGAACUAUUUACCUGUGAGUUCCCUUUACCUGGACAGGGUUUGCGUUGCCAUAGUACCGGUAAAGCAACAGAUACUGGAUUGGUCAGCACUGUAGCAGCAAAUCUUCGUCGGCCGGCAGAUACUCGCAUGGAAGAUCAUGAUCUUUGUCAUCUUUUCUCAGCCCUGCCCAUUCAUAUUGUACUACAAGUGUUUGGAACUGCAUUGCUGGAGAGGAAGAUCAUUUUUCUCAGCAGCUCACUCAGUAAAUUAUCAGCGUGCAUUGAAGCACUGGAAGCAAUGUUGUAUCCCUUCUCAUGGCAGUACACUUUCAUAACAAUACUGCCAUCCUCAAAACUGGAAGUCUGUGAAGCUCCAACACCUUAUAUAAUAGGUGUUUUGAAAGGAAAAGAAGGGUCUAAACCAGAUAUAAAAAUGGAUGAGGGUGUCAUUGUGGAUCUGGAUGAAGGGCGAUUGUGCUGCAGUGUUGGAGAUGAAAGCACUAUUCUACCAACCCGACUGCGCCGCUGCUUAAAAGUGGCACUUCAGCUUGUAACAGCACAAGAAAGUGAUGCUUCACGCAAUGUACUUAUCUCUGAAGCAUUUCUUCGCAUGUUUGUUGAAGUCUGUGGACACUAUCAAACAUAUAUUGUUACACAACAGGACGGCCGACGAAUGUUUGAGCGAGAGUCUUUCAUAAAAGCUGUCCAGUCACGAAGUGUACAGAUGUUUUUAGAAUGGUUCACAGAGACAGCGAUGUUCUCAGAGUUCAUUACUACACGUGUUGAACAACAGUCUGAGGCAAAAGGUAUGUUUGAACAGCGAGUUGCCGAACACAUUGAGGAAAUGGAAAAAAACACUGUACUGUUCCUUCGAAAUUACAAAGGAAUCAACAAGAAAGUAAAAACAUUUGGUGAGUAG